AUGUCUACAUUCGAUCGACCGAUUACGGCUGCUGUGAAUUUGAAGUCUCGGCGUUUGGGCGCGGAAGCGGCGUGGUUCGAACGUUCCCGCCACGCCCAACUGGUGGCAAUUCCUGUUCUCUGCUCACUACUCGCUCACCUGGACACUAGGUCGUGGAGCAGUUCAACAGUUGGCCCUGAUACGAUGGAGCCUACUGAUGUCGAUGAGGUCCUCGAAGCGGAUCAGGGACUGAAAGCUGCUCCAACUUUCGAGCUUUCUAAUGAAGCAAGCGAUGGUUCAGUGGAGGUGGAACUUCUUGAAUACCAAAAUGAGAUAAUUAAUAACCUAUCCUGCCACGGAAAUCCAGUUCAGAUCCCACCUCCUGAUGACGGAUUUCUUCACAUAUGUGCGGCAAUUGAUCCCAACAUGAGUGAGACGUUGAGAGAUAACGUUUGGAUGCAAGUCUGUACUAUGAGCGAAAAAGUGGAUUUGGAUUCGUCGCUAGCCGUUUCGGUAGUCAUCUACAAGAAAUUCCUACCUAUUUUUCGAAGCCUUUUCCAAUUUGUUGGUAGAGAUUCGGACAUGCCAUUCGACUCCAGUCAUUUAUUUUCACUUAUGUGGUUAAUUGUUACAAUCAUGAAAAAGUCGUUACCGUCAGAGGAUCUCUUGACUACCUUUCAUUUAUUAUUAUGCGUCACUGAAUGGGUGUACAGAGAUCUUUGUUUCCAUGGUUGUGAUGGUCAUAUUGAUCAGCAAUCUGUUACUCAUAUGAUGGAGACCAAGGACGGAGUACGGAUCCUCGAGAUUCUUUGUCGAUCUUUCGAUGGCGUACUGAUUGACGCGAAACACUUUCGAACCCAUUGGUUUAACGUCAAGCGAGCAAGUAUAUUACCUUGUCUUGACCAUGCCGAUCUCAAUAUACUUAAAAAUUUCGACAAGUAUCUCACUUCAGUAAACAACAUGUACAAUGACAUGAUGUUAAUGAAGGGAGAACUUGAUGAGCGCAUGUUUCUGCCAACUGAUGUAGCAAAUGUUUUUGAUCCUGCAUAUGACUCAUUAGCAGUUGAAAUACUGAGACGUGGAUCUGCUGAAGGUAGAUUUGCUGAUGCCGAACUUUUGCUAACAAUGUCCACUCAGAACUGCUUAGAGAAACUCGCCGAUGUAAAACGUUCGCCGGCCAGAAGCGACGCUAAAAGUUAUGUUAUUUCCUCUCAGCAACUUCGACCGCUUUCUUCAAUAGUACUGCCAGAUACUACGGCUACUUCUGCUCAACGAUUAAGUCCCUUAGUUCCAAACGACUUCAAGUUAGAAGGAUCAUCACUUGAACGAUGUUGCUUUCAAAUGAGGGAUAAUCCGCUGUCAGUUAUUGCUCUCAGUGCAGAGAUGAUUGGUGAAAGGUAA